CUGUUCUUGCUUCAUUCAUCCCUCACCCCCUUUUCAUUCCCCGCACUCUGUUCUAUAGUUCGGGAUAUAAGUUACGGUCAUUUCCUAGAAAAGCCGUAAUGGAAUUUCUCUGAGCUAUACUACUCUUACUAACGGUUCAUAUCUUCUUCAAGCGUGUUAUUUCCUUGCUCUUGAUUGCUUCACAGCAAUCGAGAAGCGCUUUUGUAUAGCUGUAGACGCGCUCACCUCAGCAAAAUAGCGACUUCGAGAACGUCAUGUGCUCGUGGCUGUUACUGCUGCAUGUUCAGAUAGGAUACCGGGUUGCUAACAUAUAGGUCUGUUCCGACAAACAAAAGGGGCAAGUCGUGCAAGAUGUCCAACUAUCCUCCAACUCCCUCAUUUGGGGUGCCAUUCAGCCUGGGCUCUGGCCCGUCGUCUGCAUCGACAUUAAAAAGCAACCUGCCACCGAAUGCGAAAAGCAAUGUACCGCAUGUUCAGGAUCAGGCGUUUACUGCGUUUCAACACAAUAACGGCCUUCCACCGUUGAACUUUCAACCAUUUGGACAUGCUGCACCGCCGCUACCACUAUUUCCUCCUCUUCCAAACGGUACUCUACCACCUCCGCCAUAUCCCCCCGUGCCGAUACCCCCUCCACAAGGUUUCCCACUACCUCCACCUCCGGUGCUCAGCAAUCCUCGGUUUCCUUUGAACGUCCCUCCUCCCCCGUUCCCAAACACACCCCCUUUCUCUAUGGCGCCUUUUGCGAGCGACACUUUAGCAGCGAAGGCAUCAAUAAUUGAGAGGGAAGAGGGUGAGCUUAGCGAAGCCGAAGGGAAGCAAGAGCAAAGAUCAAAUCAAGGCACAGCUGCGGUGACUGGACCAACUCCCAUACAUUCACCAGCUCAACCAGUGGCACAAUCUGCGGCUCCACACCGUGAAAACUUACCACCGAAGCCCGCUGGCUUCUCACCUGCUGUUAAUGGUUCUUCUGCAACUGGAACAUUAUACCCACCUGAGCAUCCUCUUGUGUUUGAUGGUGAGGUGGAGGAUUCAUCUCAGAAACUGAAUAAAGAACGACCACCCUUCUCUCUGUCUGUGAAAUCCAAUUUGGCUGAACCAUCUGCCUCACCAGUUUCUGUUACCUCGGGAAACGUGCUGGGUCUCAAGGGAGGGAAAACACUUACUGAGAAGCGGACAGCAGCUAAGAAUGCAUUAUUGAAUCUGAUACCCUUCAAAAUAAAGUUCAGCGAACUUGUUGCGGAGAACAUCGACCCUGAAAUUCUUCGAAGCCUGUACGAUGAGAUAGGCCUCAAACACACCCCUCAGACUCCAACUCGCUUAACGGCUGAUGGGGCCCAAGGAACGUCUCCAGACAAACCUGAACGCUCACGCACUCGAGAGUCGACUCAAGAUUCACGCACGAUUCAUGAAUCACAAGAACUUCCUUCCAACAAAGGCGAAGAAACUGCGAAUCCAUCAAUUAUAACCACCAUGCCACCAAAACCCCUUGAUUCGAGUCAACAAAAGGUUGUUGUUCAAUCAAAAACAGCAGAUCAGGCACAACCUACCGCAAAUAGAUCACCACCAACGGCACAACCAUCAAAGCCUGCAAAGUUACCUGUUCCACCCAAGUUUGGAAUGGCUUUGUCCACUGGUGAGAACGCCGGUGAACCUAAGCUUGAACGGAAAGAUUAUAUUGCGCGCAUGCUCGCAGCCAAGAAAAGCAAGCAGUCGUCAACAAUACCUCGUCCACCCUCCAAUGAGUCUCAGCGAGUUUCUACACGUUCAGAGGUAACAGCAGACAAACAAGUCCGCAAGGAGCCCGAUGCGCCUGAUGAGGGCUCAAAGGAGAAGUCCAAGUCUCAGAUUGAGGCCGAGCUUGAAGAAAAGAAGCGUGCCCAGACAGAAUUGGCACGGCAACGGAUUGAAGCAUUGAAAAACCAGAAAAACAGAGAGAAGGGCCUUUCUACAGCCAGUGGAACAGUUACUCCGAUUGGGAACGGCCUAUCCCCCAAUCCGACACCCCUCCAAGCUCAACCUCCUUCCUUGCCCGAAAGCGCAUCUAUUCCUCAGAUCAGCAGCCUGCCGACUCCUCCAAUACAUCACGCGUUGCCUCCAAAGCCCGCGCCCGUUGUCGAGGACACUUCAAAAGAACGGAAGGCGGCGACGGUGUCUGGAAUCCCCGGUCUCUUUAUGACUGCUUCUGAAAUCGCUCCGUCAACUGUGCAGCUCACCGAGUCUAGUACAACUACAUCGUCACCGGCUUUAGGCGCUCAAGACUCAAGCCUCACACGCCGCAAACGCCCAGUUGCGUCCGAUUUUGAUAGUGAAACGUCGCUGAAUCAACGUAUCCUCAAACGACCCUUUGGUCGAAAUGGAACUCAUCAGGUUGUAAUUGAUGUAAGCGAUGACGACACCGGGAGCGAUGCAGACGACAGCGAUAGUAUGGAUAUAGAUGAUAAAAACGAUUCCGAUGAAGCGACGGCUGGGACAGACUCGAAAUCUUCUGAACAUGCAUCUUUCCGGAAUAUGCCCCCGUUAACAGACACUCCAACUAGACCCACGAGUACUAGGAGUGGCAUUAUCCUGUCUAGUCCGGCAUCUGCACAACCAUUCAACACCCGACCGUUACUCAAGAACAAAGAACCCGAGCACUUGAAACGAAAAAUGGAGGAAAUAGAGGGCCUUCAAAAGAAAAUAGCAGAGAUGGAGCAAAAGUGGCGAGCCAAGCAGGCCAGCAGCCGUCCUCAAACGCCAGGAACAUUAAACAAUUCUUCAAAUCCUUUUUCGUUGGAUAAACAAACCAUUUUGCCGUCCAACAAUAAUACUGAAACCUCUCCUCCAGCGGAGUCGUCAACAGCGUCGCCGGAGUCUGAUCUGCUUCCUUCCGCGAUAACGUCCCAAGCCGACACGCACAAUGCUCGAGCUGCCGGCUUGAUGGAUUCCGUCAAAGCCUCUGAUGCCAUAAGUUCAGAACAACUCAAACAGACCCUUGCGGCAGCUUCAGCCGAAGUUCGCUUAGAAUCUCUCGAUUCUAAACUACGCCGACGGGCGGAAAUAACAUCGGGCAUUCCAGCCGUUGACGCUGCGGUGCGAACCAGCCAACUUAGAUUGGAAGAGCUGAAGAAGGAGAUGGAAGCGGUUGCUGCUGCUGUGCAGGCCGGAUUGGAAAGGCGGAAGCGACUUGCCGAUGAGCUUGAGAGCUUGGGCAUUGACACAGAAGGGAUGCCAGUCGAAGAGCUCCAAUCGAAGAAGAUUGAGAUUGAGCGGCAAGGAGGAAACGGCGCGGAGCCCGCUGCCCCCAACGGAGAAAGUGUCUCAGAUAUCAAAACCCCUCCCGCAGAGCCUCAGGCGGCACCCCUUAACAAUCAGAUGGGCAGCACGGCUCGUGAUGGUGAAACGAACCACGUACAACCACGUUCACCAUUCCCAGUGAAUUCAAAUCAUUCUACCGCUGACCAAUCAUUGGUUCUGCCUACCGACCUACCAUCCGACGACGAUAGCGGAGGGGAUGCUAUGGAUACAUCUGGAAGCAGUGGAGAUGAAGGUGAGGUUGCUGAGGAUGUCCAUACCGAUCAUACUAGUCCGGUUCGCGAGGCGGAGAAUCAGCAAAACUUUGCUGAGAUCCCAUCACCUCUGUCGGCCGACGUUAAACCUCAAGCUCCGCAGCAAUCCAUGUCAGCUGAAGACAUUUCUUCGCAGUCUAUCGAAUCCAAUACCUCAGAGGAUGAAGACAUGGAGGAUGCAGAUUCAUCGGAGGAGAGCACCUCGUCGGAGUCAUCUGAUGAGUAUGAACCUCCAGAGGUGGUCACUCCGGCCGGCGAGCCAGAAAAUGAGGCGGAUACAUCGUCUUUUAGCCCAUCUUCGGCGAUUGAGUCGCCGAAAGCUGUCGAAGAAGCUGAUGAAGAGAUAGCCACUGUUGACGACAAACCCGAGAAUGCUAAUCUGCUGGCGCGGGACUCUGCGGACGUGACGCAAAUACCGCCGCCAAACCUUCCCGCGGAAAAUGAGACUGAGGCAAAUAGACCCGAGACUGUUUUGCCUGAGCCCUGGCAAUUCACACCCUAUGAAAGCCCUUUGAAGCUGUUCAAGGCCUAUCGUUAUCAUCCAAAUUACACCCAUGACGUGCCCCGAGGUUUUCGGUCUCUGACUUACAGCCAUCAUAUUGACAUGGACAAUCCCAUGUGUCCUUUUGAAACAGCCGGCGGUGUGUGCAAUGAUAGCAGCUGCGACUUUCAGCAUUUCAGGGAUAUGAAUCUUUCUGACGAUAUGAUACUUGUUCAAAUGGGCGCAGCGCAAGAAGGGCAAACGCAAGAAGAGCGCCAGCACUAUGUUGAAGGCUUAAAGCAGGUCAUCCACGACAUGCGUGGGCGAAACGUCAACGAUUUUAAUAUAGUGGCAUCUGAACUUGCCGCGUAUCGCUCUCGGUUUCUAAACGAUAAGUCGAGGGUUCUGUCCCUCUAGGUAAUACCCUCACAAUGCGGUUUGAUGCGCAUUCAUACACGGUCAGACUCAGCCUGACCUUUGAGAAAUGAGUCAACGGCACAUCUCGGAAGCUUUUCCGAGUCGUAAUCUACAUUCACUAUCCUUUUUCCUUCAGCUUCCUUCCUGUUACCUUGCAUAUGCCUUGAUAUGUCAGCAUCUCGGAGUACCUGACAACGAUUAUGGCCAAUGCAUAAAAAAUGGCGUUUAUCUGCGAGGCAAAGCCCUUUCAGUGGGCGUAUUCAUCCUUGCUAUCUUUAUCGUAGUAGGGCAUCGGAGUUUCUGAUCGGGGUUUCAAGCUCAGCAUGGGUUUAUUUUCUUCACAGUCGGCUCUACAUUGAAACGCGCCGCUCUGACAAAAUUUAGAUACCUUAGUUUAGGUUAUCGAAUUUACGUGUUACAUUUAAUCCAUCGC